AACUUUCGAGGUGUGCUGGCAUUCCGUGUUAAUAGAGAUAUGCGUUGUGAUAAUCGGAAGUUGCUCAUCUGUACAUUAUAGAUUUCUUCAUUGAAAGCAAAUGUUCUGAUAAUUCUUAGAAUAUUUAUAAUAUGCUGGCUGGCUUUCCUUUAUGUAAUUAUAAAUUACGAUAUUUCUGAUAUAAAGUGUGAAGCAUUCGCUUUUAUGGAUCCAGUAGCCAAAUGCUGUCCGUGUCUGCUGAGCGAAGAGUCGCGUAUGCGCAAUGCAGUUAGCCGUGGAAUCGACCGUGAAAUGGAUGUCCAUAAAAAGUUUUCCCGCAAAGAACUGAAAAUGCUUCUACUGGGAACUGGUGAAGCGGGUAAAUCCACCGUACUAAAGCAGAUGCAGAUCAUCCACGGUCAAGAAUUCGCGGACGAGAGAAAACGCAUUGAAUUCGUCCAAUCCAUUCGGGAGAAUAUCUUUGAGGCCAUGAUUAUCAUGCUCAACGCCAUGGACCAGUUUGAUAUUCCCUUGGAGCACGAGGGCAACCAGAAACAUGCCCAACUGGUUAGAAAGCAAGGCAAAACAUACUGCCGAACAGAUAAGGGCGUGGAAGAUCAAGAAGCGCUGAAUUCCCUCAUGCAAGCCACCAAGAAAUUAUGGGAAGAUUCCGGUGUUCAAGAAGCCUACCACAGACGCAACGAAUACACUUUCGUGUACCUGAGCGAUUCAACCAAGUACUUUUUGCAACGGUUGGAUGCGAUCGCUAAGCCGAACUACGUUCCCACACAAGACGAUAUUCUCCGGGUGAGAAAGAGUUCAACGGGCGUCAAAGAGUACAGCUUCAAAGUGCGACAGGUGUACUUCCGUGUGGUGGACGUGGGUGGACAGCGGACGGAACGGCGCAAAUGGAUCCACUGCUUUGAGAAAGUGACCUCCAUCAUCUUCGUCUCCGCACUGUCGGAUUACGAUCAAAUGGUACUGGAAGUGGAUGCCCAGGGACAGGAGGGCGUCAAUCGGUUGCAAGAGAGUUUAGCUCUGUUCAAUGUGAUCAUCCAUGAGCGGUUCCUACAAGAAGCGGCCAUAAUAUUAUUCUUGAAUAAAACCGAUAUUUUUGAUGACAAGAUCAAAGUCCGCGAUAUGGGCAAAUACAUACCGGAGUAUAACGAAUACAAAUCCAAGCAUAGAUCGGCCAAAUCGAAGAGCGAGGGGGAUAUGGCAAAGGAGUUUGUGUUGCAGAUGUUCUUGGCCUAUGUCAAAUCAUACCUGUUGCAUAACGCGGAAAUUGCCGAAAAAGAGGCGGGCGAAAGAAAGAAGCGGGAUUAUGAGGCGGACGAUCCGGAUAAGUUGUUGUACUCGCAUUUGACGUGUGCGACAGAUACCGAAGGGAUGCGAUUUGUUACUACCGCCGUGGAGGAUUAUAACUUACGGAUAUCCCUGAUGGAUUUCCAUCUGCAGUGAUCCAUAUAUUAUAUAGUCAGUUAAUAAUGCUCGGACAAGUAACUUUGUUUUGUGUCAUAUGAAACACAGUUCAUCCUUGUAAUAUUAACUAGUGUUCUGCGCUGUCACCGGUGUGUGGCCGAGUCAGGCUGUUGCAUAAAUUCUACUCUUACUGCAUUCGGUAUGAAACUGUAUGGCAUUGUUGGUUAGCGGCAUUAACAAAACCAAAUAAAAUUUCAC